GUGGUUUCCCAAGCCGGCAGCAGCCUCGCUCGCCGACUGGCAUCGUCUACCGUUCGGCACACAGUCGAACUCGUUCGCCACUGGACGACGGACGUCGCGGCGUCGCCGUCGCCCUUUUCCAUCCAGCCGCAAAUUAUUCUUCUCCUUCCUCGUGCAAGAAAAAAGAAGGGAAAUCAUCGGCCGAGACGAUGCGUCACGCGUCGCUCCGCUUCUUCCUCCUCGUAUUUGUGCCAGUGUACGCGCGGCAGGCCACCGGUUGCGCUUUCUGCGAGACACUGUCUCAGCAACAGUUGCAGCUGCGCCAGCUACACCAAUUGUCCCAGCAACAGCAGCAGCAGCAACAGCAGCAGCAGGGGUACAAGACGAUCGGCAGCCCGAGGCCUUUCGGCGGCGAGAAACCGACAAGGGUGCAGGAGUUCAACAGGACCGGCGUGCUGCACCCCGAGUACCAGAUACCGGCCACCCUUCGACCCGGUAACGUGUCUCAGUUCUAUUACCUGAGUCCACGUGAAGGACCACCUCUCACGUUACUCGUUAGUCCUUGUAAUGGACCGAUAUCAUGGACCGUCAGUUACGUUGAACCACCAGAGAACGCUGAAGAAACAGAUGGAGCAAAAUCUCAAACACGAUGGCCUGUGAAGAGUUUGAAGCCAGGUUCCCCCCUUUUCUCGUAUGAAGGUGCGGAGGAUCAGAAUUUCACGAUAUCGAAGACACGCGCUGGCCUCUAUUGGUUCGAAAUUAAAUCCGUGCAUCUUCCUGGUGCCAAUUUGGAAAAAUUGUUACCAAGCACGGUGCUUUUGUAUGCCACGUCAAGUAAUUUGAACCACAUCCCUCAACUGUACGUGAAUGAAAAAGAAAAUCGUCGUCGUUCGUUAAGAUUUCAGCAACGAAGAAGCAAACGUCGACUUACAAUAUCUUGGAAUAAAAGCAACAUAGAUCCCCACCUCUCUCAUUAUUGUCUAGCCGUAACGUCGGGAUCUCAACCUCAUCCCUUGACCCUUUGUGCGGCGCAAAAUGUUCUUCGUGUUCACCCACAUCCGAUGAAAGGAAGCUCUGCUUCCAAGGAACAGCAACAUCGUGGCAUUCCGGAAGGGCUUCAUUGCGUGCGUCAAACAAAAUUGACGCUUCACAGGAUGAAGUACAACACUACGUACAAUUUUACCUUAUACGUGGUAAAUACACGAAAUAAUGUAUCGAACCGUAUAGCGACUGAUACCAUAAAAUUUCGGAAAACAUCGGAGUUAAGACUGCGCACUGGGCAUUAUAGCACAGCCAAUUUGCGUAAAACCGAUGGAUUCGUCAAUUUCUUUUAUCGUCCUCCGGCAAAUACUUCGAGUACUUUUUAUAUUCUUCCUUGCGGUGGCGGCAUCGUUAGAGCAAAAUUAAGCGCUCCAGGAAUUUUAAGGGAAAAGGAGGUAAUAGGAUAUGCAUCAUUAAGGGUACCACCUUUAACUUCAGGGAAAGGAUACACAUUACGGAUAUCCGCUACACCACAAGAAUUAGUACGAGUAUCUGCCAUUAAAGUACUAGCUACCCAAGAAUCGUCUGCCAUAUAUCCACAGAUUCCUACGAGAAGCGUACCACGUGAGUACGGAUCCUUAAGAACUUGCCACGAGGUGACAGUAGGGGUAGAAUCAGCAGGUUCUGCCAAGUAUUGUAUCCUAGUGCGGGAAUUAAAGAGCGGUUCAUCUUUGGCCAGCAUGACAACUAUUCCAGACCAAUGUGGUCUUCAUCGUCGACGACGUUCCGAAUACACUUUUGAGAUCUGCGAGGAGAAAGAAAAUCCGCCGAAAGAUCGAGCGCUUCCAUUCACCCUUAAAAGGUUGCAACCAGGAAAAGCUUAUCUUUUACAAAUCACAGCUCAAUUAAAAGGACAAUCUUUGUCUUAUCCUUUGUUAACUGUACGCACUCGACGUUCCUGUCUACCUUGAUAAUAACGAUUCUCAUCAAAGAAAAUAGGAAUAAUCAAUGAUGAUCUUUGAAAAACGAGUAAUCUCGAUCGUUUAAAUCGUUACAUUACAUUUAGAUCUUUUGUAUUCGCCAUUUUUAAUAUUUAAUAUUUUUCCUUUCUCGUUUAUAUCGGGAUGAAUACAUUAAAAAAAAUCAAAGAAUUAUUUAUUUAUUAAUGUUUGUCUUUUGAUAAAUAGGUAACUCUUUUGUGCAUUAGGACAAAAUGUAACUAAAAAAAAUUUUCGAUUUAAUCAAUUCAAUAGCAAUUUAAUAUCAAUUCAAAUCUUACAACCUUUAGAAUCCCACAGUUUUCCAAAUCUAUGUA